AUGCCUCACAUCACGCAGCGUUUCACCUACGCCCUUGAGUUGGGCAAAGAUGCGGCAUCAGACGAGCUGGUGCAUGUGGACCAUGUCGUCCCCCCAAUUGGGAACCAAGUCCGUGCUUGUCUGUGGGACUCUUGCGGUGAACACUGCGCUCUUUUUGAUAUACUUCCCCAUGAGGAAGAUAAGAUUCGCUCCUCUAAUGGAAUACCUGACUGGAUUCCCACCCCCGACAUCUUUGAGGAGCACCCCGAGACCAUGCCUCGAGUAUUCAAGUCUUGGGCUCCCAAGUAUACCAUCGUCAAUACGACCCUUGACGGAACGGCCGUGGCUGUCAAGGAUUCCAAGCAGAACGGUCUCAUUCGCUUCUGGAUCAGCAGCGAGGAGAGCAGUGACGACGAGGGGCCCACAGCUUGCAUUACAAUGAAGCACUCGAACCAGCAGAAGAAGACUGAGUUCCAGCUUACAAUCAAUGUUUCUCCCUCUGCGUAUGCCGUCAUGGCCAGUACCAGAUCUCAGCUGUGGCGAAUCGACAGCAGCGCCUACGUGUAUAGCACGUCGCGCAUGGACCAGAUAUGUGGUGGCCUUCUGAUCGGUGCCCCGUGGAAGGCUCAACUCAAAGCCGCGAUUCCGUCGGACCUGGCCCAGCAUCUCAAGAACACUGCCACUCAAGCCGCUAGCUGUCCUCUCCCACGCGAUAAGACGCCGGCAGAGCGUGUUCGUGAUGCUGUCCGCAACAAGAUAGAGACGGCCUUGCGUACUCGCUCCAAUGCUCCAAACUACGCUUUUACGACUCCUCUAUUCAUCAAGUACCCGUCCCUUCUCCCCCCUGUUUGGGUGGACUGGGAUCCGGCCACAACCACUGUCGAGCGCGACGCCCGUUGGGGAUAG